AUGUCCGCCAAUAAGGAUUGUCCACCUCCGCUCAUAAUCCUCUUACUGGCCCUUCUUAAUGGCUCCUCCUCCUUUGCCGUACCUUCUGACGUCUCAGGGACCAACCACACAGCCACCCUGCCUCUGAGGCCACGCGGACACAUGUACAACCAGUUGGAGUUCAGCGAUUACUACGAUGAGUUUACUGAUCCACCCAGUCAACCCCCGCCUGCCCCCUCACAGGGCACCAAUCCUCAGCCCUGUGACUAUGACCCCUGUCGGGAGCUACAGCCUCCCUGUGCCCAGCUGGCAGCCUCCAGCGGCUGCCUGUGUCCAGGGGUGAGUGGGCCCCAUGUGGCCCCAGAGGCUCCCUACCUGAAGAGACUGUCUAUGGAGGAUGCAGCAGUGGUGGUUCAGUGGUGUGCACCAUUGUCUUUCGUGACCCAUUACGAGGUGGUGGUGGGUGCGCUAGAGCCCUUGGUGUUUGGUGAAGACCAGAGAAGUGGUACUGUUAAGGAGGUGGGGCAGGGGGCAGAGGUGUGUGUGGUGGCGGUGAAUAAUGCAGGAGUCAGCAAGCGUCAGAGGGGGUCCUGUACGAUGUACGAGCCCCCUGGGGACAGCAGUGUGGCCCUCAAAGCAGGGCUGAUUGGAGGGGCCCUGGGGCUCCUGCUGCUCCUCUCACUGGCUUUCCUGCUCUGGAGGCACAGGGCUAGGAGAAAAGCAGAUGCCAGGAUCACCGAGGCCACAGAUGAAACACUAUGA